AUGAGUGCAUCUAAGAAUGCAAGUAAACCAUAGUAUAUAUAGUUUAGGCAAGAAUAGCUAGGAGACAUAGAAAGGCUCAAAAGCAUUUGUUUCCCUAAGACUCCAAAAACUAUAUCUAACUAGAGUAAUAAUAAUAGUGUCUUACUUAAUUCAGGAGGAAAACAUAAUUAAAAUUUAAAUUACUUUUCUAAGUAGACACAGUAGUAAGUAUAUUUUAACGAUAAUUCCACAUCUCCUUCACAAGUGUAGAAAAGAAGGGAGAAAAAUAAAUCUUUAGAUCAUGGAACAGCAUUUUUUGGUAAAGAAAAUGAAUUUUGCAAUGAAGAAUUGUCAUUCAAUGAGCUUGCAAAUAAUUCGGGAGGAUUUUAUGGAAGCAACAAAAAAAGAUAAAUGCUGAAAAACAUUUCUUAAAAUGAAAUGAGUAAUUUAAAUAAUGAUAAUUUUGAUAACCAAAAUUAUCCUAGAAAAAAAAGUGAAAAAAAGAAUCAUUUUCAAAAUAUGAGCAAUCUGAGCAAUAAUAGUUACAUAUAGAAUAAUUCUAAAGUUAACGAUCAAAUGCAGCAUUAUGAUUACUUUGAACCAACUACUAGGUCUAUACAUAUAGACAAUACUAAUUAAUCUGCACUUAUGAUGGCCUAAGGCUCUAAUUACAAUAUUUCCAGAAAAUCAUCAAUAGGAGAUACUCCUAUUUAACCAUCUAAUGUCAUGCGUGAGAUGGUAGAAUUUAUUAGAAGAAUAGGAUGUGAAUUAAAUGACUUGUGCUUAACUAAAAUGUCAGAAAAGACUCUUUAAAAUAUGAUUGAACUACAUUUGAGUAAUGUUAGUAGGAUGCAACAUAUGUUUUUAGAAGCUUUAAAAGAUAAAGAGCCUAAUAUUACUUUAGCUUUGAAUGUGCUCAGCAAAUGUUUCGAAGAGUUAGUUGAAAAAUUAGGAGACUUAAUUACACGUUUGAGAAUGUUCAAUAAACGCAAAUUCAAGAAUUUAGUUGAAUCAAGUCUAUCAAAUACACUGAAGGAAGUUUUUGAGGAAAAUAACAAAUUAAACAUCUUGGAAAUUAUUACCGACAUUAAUGUUUUUGUUAACUAGUAAAGAAAGAAUUUAUAUUUUUGGAGGCUUUCUACCUUAAUGGAAUCCUGUAAACAUAAAAAUAAAUCUAAUGCUUUCUUCUAAAUAAUGAAUUCUGCUAGAUAAAAUCAAUCUUAGUAAAUUCUUAAGCAAGAGAAGUUAAAAUUAAAACUUUCCAGAGUUUUAUUGAUUCCUGAUUCAAUUUUGAAGUAAAAAGUUCAAAUAGCUUUUUAUAAAUGGCACUAUUGCAAACAGUUAAAGAAAUAAAUUGAAGGUAGUUUUAUAGAAGGAUCAUAAAGACUCAAUUUGAUAUUUGAUAAAUUAUAAAGAGUAAAUAAAUAAGAAGGAUUCAAGCUUUUAUUGUAGAACUUUAAAAGAUGGCAAGAAUUAAAGGUUAAAUUAGGAAAAUUUGUUUGCUUGAUCAAAAAUUUGAAUAAAAAAAGUAAAUGUUAUGCUCUAGAAAGCAUGAAGAAAAAUAAAUUUGCAUUUUAAAUGAACAAAAAUGAAACUAUUUAAAAAGUGAAGGUGCUUUUUUUGGCUAAAUUAAUUAGAAAUGUUAAUCUUAGAAAAUAUAAAGAGUCUUUUGAGAAUAUCUAGCAUUUUAUACGUAAUAGAGAAAUGAAAAAGUAGGCUUUGGGUAAAAUAAAAAACCUUUUAGAAAAGAGGAAUAAAUUGAUCCUUGCUUAGUCCUUUAGCAAUUUAUCAAAUAAUAAAGCUUAAGAAUCAAGAACUGAAAAAUUUAGAGCUAUUAUCAUUAGUAAAAUGAUCCAAAAAUUAUAUCAGACAAGACUUCAUGAGAUCUUUAAUGACUUAAAAACUGAAUUAUUUGUCAGACCUUAACCUAUAAAGCUUGUAUUUAAAGCAGUUCAAGAAGCCAUAGAUAAAAUUGAUAAUCCCACUCUUAGAAAUAUUUUACGAACUAUUGAUGUCUGCUUUAGUAAUAAAAAAAUAACAAGACACUUAAACAAUCUAAGAUAAAUAUAAUUCGUUUUAAUUAACAUGAAUUCUAGAGAAAUUACCUAGCUUAAUCCAAUUUGGAAAAAACUUGAAAAUUAAUAACUAGAAAACGAACAAAUAUAUUACAUUAAUCAAAUUAUUAAUAAAGAAAGCUCAUUUGAAAAUGGAAGCGAAAUUUUAAAUUACCCUAUAUUAUCAACAAACCUAUCUGCUCGCGAAAAGUAGUCAGUGUAAACAGUUUUGCUCAAUUUAAAUAUGGAUUAGUCUAAAAAUUAUCUUUUAGCAUGUGAAACAGUUUCAGAUUUUUAGAUGAAUGACUCAGUUCAGCAGAAAAUCAUAAAACUCUGCAAGUAUAUAAAAAGUAGAUUAAAAGAAAGUGUUUAAAAAGAAAAGUUGCACUUGAAUAAUUGUAGGAAUAUUAGAGAAAGGCACUUAAAAUCAAACAUAUUGAAGUAUUUUUCAUUAUGGAAACAACAAAAUUAUGAAAGAUUGAUAACUGAGAAAGAUCAAAGCUCUGAAAAAGUCAUUGAUUUAGAAAAAUAACUCAUGUAAUACAAAAUUGAGCUGGAAAAAAAUAAAGUUCAAUCUACAAAUAUAAUGAACGAGCUUGGUAUGAAGAGGGAAGAAAUAAUAGAAAUUGAAACAAGACUUGAAGAUUUAACGAUAGAAAAGAAAGCAAAAUCUAAAUGUCUAGCUACUGCUCUCUUUGCAAACUAUUUAGAAAAGAGAGAAACAAGAUAGUAAUAGGUUAAGAGGAGCUUUAUUAAGUGGAUAGAUUUUGUCUUGUAAAAGAGAAUUGCAUCUGUUGCUUGCUAGUAAAUUGAAGAAAUAAACACUAAACACAUUGAUACAAGAUUUUCAAGUGCAUUUUAUCUAUUGAAGCACUUCCAAGAUUCAUAUCAGAGAAGACUUAAAAUUUAUACUCUUAAAUAUCUUGCCUAUAACUCUGUUUGCAAUAACUCUUAAUUAAAUUUCUCCUAAUUCAACACUAGUAAUGUUAACCGCUCAAACACUCCAACAACUUUAUCGCCUAAUACAAAUUUAUCAAAGAAAAAAGCUCACAACCUUUCUCAAACAAACAUUCAAAGCGAAACUUAAAAGCCCAAUAAUAACCAACAAACACUCAGUGAGUUAUCUUAAAACCAUAAUUAAAGUGAAUCUACUUUAAAUAUACAAACAAUGCAAUAACCAUCUAUACAAUAAAAUUCAAACUUUGAGACUCCUUUACCAUCACCUUUAAAUUCUAAUCUGUCUUAAUCUAUACUACAAGAAGCUAAACAUAAGCCUUUCUUUAGCAGUGCAGGAGGAAACAAAACUAAACAAGGUAUACUAACAAAUGGUAGUAAUAGUAAAAAAAACAAUAGCAAUAACCCUAAUACUUUUGGUGCUUAAUAAUUUGGUUUCCACAGAGAAAAUCAAAGCCAAAUUUUAUUCUAGUAAUAAUAAAAUCUUUUUAUGAAGAAGAAUGAUAGUUAAUCAAACAUGCAAAUAUUAACAGAGGAUUCAACCAGCUAACCACCUAUUUAGCUACAACCUACCUAAAUCACAAACCCAAUGAUCUCUAAUACAUCACGUACAGGAAAUAAUAACUCUUCCUCAACAAGCAGUUUAAUUAAUCUAUAAUUACAAAAACCAUAUUAAUACUAGGAGUAUUCGAUGACUUCAUAGAAGCAUAACCCCAGAUUAAAUUAAUUCCAUUAGCAAUAAGAAAACAUUUUCGUAUAGUAACAAUAAAUUGAUUCUAGAAGUAGUAACAGUACUAAUAAUUUAAAUAAUAGUUUUCAUCAUUUUUAUCGUCCACCUCUGCAUAAUAAUUAAGAAUAUCUAGAUGCUAGUCAAUAAAAUAUCAAUACAGUAAAUUCUGGUAGUACAUACAGAGCAGGAUUAAACAAAAGCUUUUCUAACUACAACACUCAGUCAAACCAUAAUACAUCUUUUUCUAACUCAAAAUAACCUUCUAAUCUUGGUUACAGACUAAGUGCAAAAACAAUAAAUUUCCUUUAAAAGUUCGGAAGAGGAUCUAGUACAGGUGAAAAUCCAAUAUAAGGAGGAAACAGUAAUUUGUUUGGAAAUACUUCUUCUUCAUCUGCAUCAUAAAGAGUGUUGAUGAUGAGUAAUUCUCAAAUUCAUAAUAAUUAUUAAUUAAGAAACAAAUCAAAUAAUCCAGAUUUUUAGUCUGUAUCCAGCAGGCAUGUUGAUCAAGAUGAUUCUUUCUAUAAAAAAUAUUGA